UCACACCCAAAUAGGGGCAAAUUUGACAAGCUAUAAUAAAUGAUCUGUGGGGGAUUUUGAGCUGAAACUUCACAGACACAUUCUGGGAACACCAGAGACUUAUAUUACAUCUCGUGAAAAAGGGUAUUAUAGGUCUCCUUUAAUUUUGAGCAUCAUUUCUUGUACUGUGUUGGCUCGCCACUUGAUUCCAAAUGAAAAAAGCCAUGCGUGACUCUUGAAGUGUGCUUGACUUAAGGAGAGGACAGCUGCAGGGAGCAGCGCUUUCAGUCAGGGUUUCUUUUCUUACGAUGACCUGCUGAGAUGGAUCGCAGACAGAGGCAGGCGGCUCUCUCUUUCCUGAACACAAUCUCUCUGGAUGGAAAACCAGUGGAGGCGAAUGGAGAUCUUGGUAAAGCUGAGAAUGGAGCCAGAUUCAUGCUUUCAGCAUCUGCUCCAACGGAUUCAGGAGAACAACACUCCAGUAAAGAGGAGUGUGAAGACCAGACGGGGAGCACAGUGAGAACAUCUCUUCUGGACAGUGAAUCCAAAGUGAACAUCUCCAAAGAGCUUCAGAGUAAGACUUGCAUAAGUGACGUACGACCCAGGAGCAGCAGACGGGUUCAUUUCAUCAAAAACAUGAGACAACAUGACACUCGCAAUGGAAGGAUAGUUUUGAUCAGUGCUAGAAGAGCUUUAUACGGGAUGUUUUCUGCCCUGCCCUAUCGAGACUCCAGUCAGAUCAACGAUGAAAGGUUAGACUGCGGACAUCAGAAGAGCUUCAGUGGAGCAACUGAAGACGCAGUGAUUGAUCUGGACGCUGUUGAACUUGGGGUCAAGGGUAAGACAGUGUCGUACACAAAACUUCUGUCUCACACGAAUGCCUUGAGUGACAGCAGUGGCCCUGACGUCUUCGCACGGCAUUCUGGGUCACAAUGUGUUUUGAGUCCAGCAUGUAGUGUCCUCUCUCAGACUGGCAGAGGAUUCAAAGGGAGAAGCAUUGAUGAUUAUGACCCAAAUCUUCUGGAUGAUCCUCAGUGGCCAUGUGGGAAACACAAACGAGUGAUUGUCUUUCCAUCUUAUAUGACAUCGGUCAUUGAAUAUGUGAAGCCCUCUGACCUGAAGAAAGACAUGAACGAAACAUUCAGCGAAAAGUUUCCUCAUGUUCAACUGACCCUCAGCAAAAUCAGAAGUCUGAAAAGAGAGAUCCGUAAGUUAGCCCAGGAGGACUGUGGGUAUGAAGAACCGACAAUUGCUAUGGCUCAUGUCUAUUUUGAAAAACUCGCCCUGCACGGUAAACUGGACAAGCAGAAUCGCAAACUUUGCGCUGGAGCUUGUAUCCUACUCGCUGCCAAAAUAAGCAAUGACCUCAAGAAGCCAGAGGUCAAGCACCUUAUAGAUAAACUGGAAGAGAGACUGCGUUUGAAUCGCAGGGAACUUUUAUCACUGGAGUUUCCUGUGCUGGUGGCGCUCGAGUUUAAACUGCAUCUGCCACAGCGUGAGAUCUUACCACACUACAGACGCCUGCUGCAGACCACCUGAACCCAGACCAGAUCCUCAACACCUACAUUAUUUACUCUGCACUAUUUACUACAGAUCAAGUGUAAUUGCAAAUAUUUGAAAUCAAAUUUUUUUACAUAAUUUAAUUGUAUUUGUCAGCAGAAAACAUAUUUGAAAAUGGUCAAUGGAAUUCUUUUAUUUACUUUUGCAAAAAGUGAUAUAAAAUACUAAGAAAACUGAAUUAUUUCAUAAUAGAAUACAUGGUCAAUUUCAAUGUGAGAAGCUUUAGAAAUACAAUAUUACAGUAUACAAAGUGGC